CGGGCCACCCGUCCAAGCUCUCAAACCUCGUCCUCAUGCGCCUGGGCCGCUUGGCAACUCAGUUUACUGAGAAUCAGUUGCGACAAGUCUCCUUGGAAGACUGGAGCGUCAUGGAAGUUUUUGGUAAACAGAAAGAAUGGACGGUGAACCAGCUGAAGAUUUUAGCCGGUGGGUUUAUGAACUCCAACAGUGUCACUGCGCAGGCUCUGGACGCUUUGCACUUGGCGACUCUCGGGUACGCACUGUGUGGGCUCCCGGCGGAGGGCAUGGCACAGAUACAAGCGGGUGAAUUCUGUUCAGCGGUCAUGUAUCUCGGCCAGCUUGCUCUGCAAUGCGCGGAGCCACAACUCUACGCCCUCACCCGGCUCUGCACCAGAAGCGGGAUGUUUGGACCGGUCAGCGGGUGGGCAGAAGAAGUCUUUCUGGAGAUGGGAUCUGUGGCUGCUGGACUGGAUGAUCUGGAACUCUCCUCUCUGGUCUUACAGCAGAUUCAGGGUCUCACCCCCCUUGCCGUGUCCCUCAUCCAACCUACAAAGUUUGCGGUUUCCUUCUCAGCCCAGCAGAUGGCGAUGUUCUCCUGGUCUCAGGCCAACGUAGUGACUGAUCAGCAGAAGAAACUUUUAGACUCCAAACAGCUGGAAGCUCUUAUGCUGGCCCUCAAUGAAUAUGGCGGAAGCCAGAUAUACAAAGCUGGGAAAUCGCACGCCGAUCGCUGCUCGCAGUGCGCUCUACUUCACCUCAGUGUCCUGAUCUGCAUGUAUGUAACUCGCUGGGGCCAAUCGCGGCCCUCACCUUGACACUUGGCGUGGAGUUAUAAGUGUGAUGUCAGAACGUCAGGAUUAAUAAAGUUUUCUGAAUCUGAA